GUGUUUGCGCGGUUACCGCCACUGCUCAGCUGACUGUAAACUAGACUACACUGUACACUACGCUGUACACUACAGCUUCAGUGUUUCUGAUAGAAAGCACUAUGGGUUUUCUUGUGAAGUUGGGGAUUCUAGUGUUAGUGGUCGCUGUGUGUCAGGCAUAUCAAGACAUCUGGGACUACGACGGCCACAAACUAAAAGACACGGACUAUCUGUCUCUGUGGCCAAUGCCACAAAAAGUACAGACGUCCGUAACUGCUUUCAAACUGAGCAGCUCCAACUUCCAGAUUGUCCAUGCUAAACAAUCGUCUGCUGGACCCGGCUGUAGUCUUCUGCAAACGGCAUUUCGCAGGUAUUUCGACUACAUAUUUGGCUACAUGAAGAAACAAGGCUUCAGUAAAGAGCCGAAAAAGACAGUUGGCGAAGAAGUGUUGGAGCUUCAGGUUUUGAUCACAUCAAGUGAUUCUGAAUGCGACGGCUAUCCGGGUUUGAAGUCCGACGAGUCAUAUCUGCUGAGCGUAGACCAGCCGUCAGCAGUGCUCCAAGCUCCAACGGUGUGGGGAGCCCUGAGAGGCCUUGAGACGUUUAGCCAGCUGGUGUAUGAAGAUGCGUAUGGAAGUAGAAAUAUCAAUAAGACGGCCAUCUCGGACUUCCCCCGGUUUGCCCAUAGAGGAGUGCUUUUGGACACAUCUCGCCACUACCUGCCACUCAAAGUCAUCUUGGCCAAUCUGGAAGCCAUGGCCAUGAACAAGUUUAACGUCUUCCACUGGCACAUCGUAGAUGACCCGUCCUUCCCCUACGUGAGUCGCACCUUCCCCGACCUGAGCCAGAAGGGCGCCUAUCACCCGUACACACACGUGUACACUCCCUCCGACGUGAAGAUGGUGAUCGAGUUCGCUCGCAUGAGGGGUAUCCGGGUCAUUCCAGAGUUUGACACACCAGGUCACACGCAGUCGUGGGGCAAAAGCCAGAAGGACCUGCUGACCCCCUGCUACUCGGGCGCCACUCCUAGUGGGUCGUACGGGCCGGUCAAUCCCAUGCUUAACUCCACCUACGACUUCAUGGCGUCCUUCUUCAAGGAGAUCAGCUCCGUGUUCCCGGACGCUUACGUGCACCUCGGGGGAGACGAGGUCGACUUCUCCUGCUGGAAAUCCAACCCUGAUAUCACAAAGUUUAUGGCGGAACAGGGGUUUGGCAAAGACUACAGCAAACUGGAGUCCUACUACAUCCAGAGGCUCCUGGACAUUGUGAGCACCACUAAUAAAGGGUACAUGAUCUGGCAGGAGGUGUUUGACAACGGAGUGAAGCUGAAGCCAGAGACAUUGGUUCACGUGUGGAUCUGGUGGGGUAAGGGCGGUUACAAAGAUGAGCUGUCCCGUGUCACCUCCGCUGGAUACCAAACCCUUCUAUCUGCCCCCUGGUACCUAAACAUCAUCUCAUAUGGCCAGGACUGGAAGAAUCUCUACAAAGAGGACCCCCACAAUUUCAACGGCACUGACGAGCAAAAGAAGCUUGUGAUUGGAGGAGAGGCUUGUCUCUGGGGAGAGUAUGUGGAUGCCACCAACAUCACGCCCCGCCUCUGGCCGCGUGCCAGUGCCGUGAGUGAGCGUCUAUGGAGUGACGCGAGCGUUAAGGAUGUGAAUAAAGCCUACGUCCGCCUGGUGCAGCACCGCUGUCGGAUGGUCGAGCGCGGUAUUGCAGCCGAACCUCUGUUUGUGGGCUACUGUCCGCACGAGUACAAAGGAAACCUUUGAGAACUAUAGCAAGCCUGUGCUCAACUGAAAAGGGAAGAACGGCAAGCCACAAUGGCUUCUUAAGCACCGACCAACCACAGAUGAUCUUCAUUCACACAGCGAGAACCCAUCGUCCCUGAUGCACUGAGCCGAUUUUCACUGUCUUUUUUUUAUUCGGAUGAGUGUGUGCGUGCGUGCGUGUGUGUGUGUUUCUAUGCUCAAACAAAUCAUUUUGUGACAAACCAUCAGGUAUUGUUCCAGAUUUACAUUGACUGCUGGUUUAAUGUGAUCUCUACAGUCAGAUUUUUAUAAAACAACUGUUUGUGAUUACAAAUUUUGUGAAUUGUUCAGAAUGUUUUAUGGAUGACAAUAAAAGUGAUUGAAGUGA